GGAGCUGGAGGAGAAAAUGGUGAAGCUGGUGCAGGAGAAAAAUGAUCUGCAGCUCCAAGUGCAGGCUGAAGCGGAUGCUUUGGCAGAUGCUGAGGAAAGAUGUGACCAGCUCAUCAAAACCAAAAUCCAGCUGGAAGCCAAAAUUAAGGAGGUGACAGAACGGGCUGAGGAUGAGGAGGAAAUUAAUGCCGAGCUGACAGCCAAGAAGAGGAAACUGGAGGAUGAAUGUUCAGAGCUGAAGAAAGAUAUAGAUGACCUGGAGUUAACGUUGGCCAAGGUUGAGAAGGAAAAGCAUGCCACUGAAAACAAGGUACGAGGCAGAAGUUGUCGCUCACACUCCAGAAAAGAGCUCUGUGCUGUUAUGAGAGUCGU